AUGGCCCCGCUUACAUUCGUUUUGUGCUGUCUCUUAUCAUUUACCUACGCAGCGAGAUAUGACCCUUCGCUGGUACAAUACAAUCUUAAUCAGAAUCAAGAAGCAACCCAGCCUAUAGACUACUGGGGACAACGGACAAUCGACGAGCCAGAUCACAAGUAUUUCCCCAGUCCAGACAACUGGCGCUUCCCGUUCUAUACUCUAUUCUUGGACCGCUUCGUCAAUGGCGACCCUACAAACGACAAUGUCAAUGGUACAUCAUUCGAACAUGACCUCAACUCCAACCAGAUGCGCCAUGGUGGCGAUCUGCAAGGUGUUAUCGACUCCCUUGACUACUUCCACGGUCUGGGAAUCAAAGGUCUAUACAUCGCCGGCUCUCCAUUCAUCAACCAACCAUGGGGCUACGAUCAGUACAGUCCCCUCGACCUCUCCAUCCUCGACAUGCACUUCGGCGACCUUGCGAUGUGGCGCAAGAUGAUCGACGAAAUGCAUGCUCGCGGUAUGUAUGUAGUGCUCGACAACACCUUCGCCACACUUGGUGACCUGAUCGGGUUCGACGGCUUCCUCAACGAGACCGCUCCGUUCACUGUCAAGGAACACCAGGUGAUGUACAAGAGUCGGCGCACAUACACAGACUUCUCCAUUGGCAACUCAUACAACUCAUCAUGCUCAUAUCCCAAGUUUUGGAACGAGACAGGCUUUCUAGUCGAUCAAGACGUCACCGACUCACUUACUGGAUGCUACGACAGCGAGUUCGACCAGUAUGGCGACACAGAAGCCUUUGGUGUCUUCCCAGAUUGGCGUCGUCAACUGUCGAAGUUCGCCUCGGUACAAGACCGCCUUAGAGAGUGGCACGAACCCACCCGCCAGAAGAUUGAGAACUUCUACUGCAUGGCCAUCGCCCAGCUUGACUUCGACGGCUACCGCUACGACAAGGCUCAACAGAGCACUGUCGAGGCUGUUGGGUUCAUGAAUGAAGCGAUGCGAACCUGCGCCCGUAGGUUUGGCAAGCAGAACUUCUUCAUCGCCGGCGAGAUCACUGGUGGCAAUGACUUUGGCUCGCUCUAUCUCGGACGAGGAAGACAACCUGACCAGCGACCCGACAAUCUGACCCAAGCCGUGACCAUGACCAAUAAUUCGGACUCGAAGUACUUUCUUCGCGAUCCCGAGUUCGCUGGACUGGACGCCGGUGCAUUCCACUACUCACUAUAUCGCACUCUGACUAGAUUCUUGGGCAUGUCUGGUAACCUGGAAGCUGGUUAUGACGUCUCGCGCAAUUGGGUCGACAUGCACAACACAUUCCUGCUGACGAAUGACCUUGUCAAUCCUAUGACGAACAAGUUCGAUCCUCGACACAUGUACGGUGUCACGAAUCAGGACGUUUUCAGGUGGCCUGCCAUCGCCAAUGGUACACAGAGGCAGCUACUUGGCCAUUUCAUCACGACAAUUCACAUGCCAGGCAUUCCGCUGCUUCUGUGGGGUGAGGAGCAAGCUUUCUACGUCCUCGACAACACUGCCAGCAACUACAUCUUUGGUCGACAGGCAAUGAGCUCUGCUUCUGCAUGGCAAACUCACGGCUGCUACAAGCUGGAUUCGACACAAUACUUCGAGUUUCCUCUUGAAGCUGCGCGACAGGGUUGCGGCGAUGACACAGUCAGCUAUGACCAUAGAGACCCGUCUCACCCCGUUCACAACAUCAUCCGUCACAUGUAUCAGCUUCGGGAGCAAUUCCCUGUUCUAAACGAUGGCUAUUAUCUUCAGCAGCUGAGUAACCAGACUGAGCAAAUCGUCUAUCUUGGUUCCUCCGGAGUCGAGACAGAGACAGGCAUGUGGUCUGUGCUGCGGACGCAGUUUGAGGGCGUUCAAGACCUCGAUGGCACUGGCCGAGCGACCACACCCUUGUGGAUGCUGUACUCAAACUUGAAUGAUACAAAAGAUUACCAGUUUGAUUGCAAGAACAACGAUACAAACCUCAACAUCACAGCACUAAUCGCACCCUACCCAAGCGGUACGACGGUCAAGAACUUGUUCUACCCAUUUGAUGAGCACACUCUCGAAGAGAGCGCGCGCACGCUUGGCCUGAACGGCAGUACGACGCCGAAUGGCUGUCUUAGUUCACUGAAAAUGCCUGCCUACGACUUCAAGCUGUAUGUUCCCAUUGAUGAAUGGGUCGGUGUCAAGCCCAUGGUCACCAAGUUCUCUCCUGGCCAUGAUGCCCGAAUUGCCUCUACAGUCGAGGUGGAUGGCAGCGAAUCUGUGGACAUCUCGUUCGAAUUCUCGGUCGAGAUGGACUGCGAUGCUGUCACCAGGAGUAUUUCAUUCAACUCGACUACGGCGCAAGGUCGCACCCCGACAGUCGACGAGAACAGUGUCAAGUGUGGUGCUGUUGACAACACCACAGAUGCGAAAUAUGUUGGUCAGAUCCUGUCGGCAUGGUCGUGGUCAGCCACCUUGAAUGGUGUCAACAACGGCAUCCACCGUGUCAGUGUGCUGAACGCCACCACCUCAGAUGGCGCCUCCACGAAUUCUAAUGACCACUUCUUGUUUCGUGUUGGCCAGACUGACAACGUGAUGGUCUUCCCCCGGCUCGCCAAUUACUCGUCAACACUCCUCACUCAGGAGGGCGACAAGUUGAUGGUCAACCAUUCUGCACCAGGUGCGGAUAUGUGGAGGUACUCGACCAAUUUUGGCACCACGUUCUCGGACUGGCAGAACUAUACUGGCGGUGUCCAAGAAAUACAGAAACAGCCGUGGUCAGGGACAAGUCUGCAGAAAUGGUUAGGCGAGCAUGUUCGCGUUGAGUACUUUUCUCGUCUGGGUGGUUCCAGUGACCACGUCAUUCAGGGCGAUGUCGGCAAAGGAGUCAAAGCUCGUCGAUUUCCUCACAUGUUCCUGAACGGGCCAUACAAUCAGUACGGAUACGACGCAGGUCUCAACAACAAGAUGUCGUUGUCUGCUGACAAUACUUGGACACAUCACUGGAUGACUGAGUGGUCUCUAUCUGGAGCAUUGGCACAGAUCAACAUUUGGGGCAUCAACCCAGAUGGCAAACCUGAUGCGUCUUGGGUUCUUGGUGACAUCGACAGUGACAGCGUUCUGGACAGGCUGCCGCCUUCGUCAUUGUCUGCCGUUGUUCUCAACGUCACUAGGCCUCCUCCACGCCCUGCACUCGGCUGGAAGUUUGUGGUCAACGACGGUAGUUUACACUUCGAUGUGCUGCCUUCCGGAAACAUGUGGGUACAGCUUAUCAUCUUCAUUCUUCUCUGGACCAUCCCACUCGCUACAGCUGCUGCAGCUGCAUGGGUAUUUGCCUUGAGCUUCUAUGGCGUGAAGUUCAACGAGAUCGGCGUUUCAGAGAAGGCCGGACUCAUUCCUGGCUUCAUCAAGCGACCGUUCCAACGCCUUGCCAGUCAAGAACCUGAUGAAAAGCCACGUCUGUUGGCCAAGUUGAAGAAACGAUCCCAGACUUUCAUCCAAGAGAAAGACAACAUCAUCCAGGAGGGCGGACGUCGAAGAACCGUUCUCAUCGCCACCAUGGAAUACGACAUCGAAGACUGGGAGAUCAAGGUGAAGAUUGGCGGUCUGGGCGUCAUGGCCCAACUCAUGGGCAAGAAUCUUGCGCAUCAAGAUCUCAUUUGGGUGGUACCGUGCUGCGGCGGUAUUGACUAUCCGACCGACACGACUGCGGAGCCAAUGACCGUCACUAUCAUGGGCAAUCCGUACGAGGUACAGGUCCAGUAUCACAAGCUCCGAAACAUCACAUACGUGCUCCUAGACGCUCCAGUCUUCCGAGCACAAACCAAGUCCGAGCCAUAUCCUGCUCGAAUGGACGACAUGACCAGCGCGAUCUACUACAGCGCCUGGAAUCAAUGCAUCGCACACGCUAUCAAUCGCUUCCCGAUCGACCUCUACCACAUCAACGACUACCAUGGAUCAAUUGCGCCACUCUAUAUGCUGCCCAGGACAAUUCCUGCUGCGCUCUCGCUUCACAACGCUGAGUUUCAGGGUCUUUGGCCAAUGCGUACCAGAAAGGAGCGUGAAGAGGUCUGCUCGGUGUUCAACCUGCCCCAAGAAGUGGUGGCUCGCUACGUCCAGUUCGGCGAAGUGUUCAACUUGCUGCACGCUGGUGCUUCGUACCUACGUGAACACCAGGAGGGUUUUGGAGCGGUCGGCGUCUCCAAGAAGUACGGCAAACGAUCCUUCGCCCGCUACCCAAUCUUCUGGGGGUUGAAGAGUGUAGGCGCACUUCCAAAUCCUGAUCCAUCCGACACUGGUGAAUGGGACGGCAAGCUACCAAAUCAGGACGACAUCAAGGUCGAUCCCGCGUUCGAGGCUGCUCGACCAGAGCUGAAGCGUCAAGCACAAGAAUGGGCGGGACUGGAGCAGAACCCCAAAGCUGAUCUGUUCGUCUUCGUUGGGCGAUGGAGUAUGCAGAAGGGUGUCGAUCUGAUUGCAGACGUGUUCCCGAGCGUUCUGGAGAACAACAAGGACGCUCAACUGCAAGCUGAGUUCACCGCUUUACCACCAUACAUCUUCUCUGGAGCCGAGUUUGCGCUUAUUCCGUCUCGAGAUGAGCCAUUCGGUCUCGUCGCUGUCGAAUUCGGUCGCAAAGGUGCUCUUGGUGUUGGUGCAAGGGUUGGAGGUCUUGGACAAAUGCCCGGCUGGUGGUACACAAUCGAGUCCACCACGAGUCAGCAUUUGACCAAGCAAUUCCAGCAGGCAAUCGAAGAAGCCUGA